GGGUUUGUAUACACGCUCCCUCCACUAGUCCACUCCUUUAUGAAGUAACCAUCUUGGUGAGCGGCCGCCGCGCGUUCACUAUAGUGUAAUCUCCUUCCAUCGUUGUCACGAUGAAUGAGAGUCUUCAGCUACGUGGGACUCUGGUGGGCCAUAAUGGCUGGGUCACGCAGAUCGCAACAAACAGGAAUUUCCCUGACAUGAUCUUGUCAGCCUCCAGAGAUAAAUCUCUGAUUUUGUGGAAGCUCACACGUGAAGAGAACCACUAUGGAAUUCCUCAAAAGCGUCUUCAUGGACAUUCCCACUUCAUCUCGGAUGUGGUUUUAUCUUUGGAUGGACAUUUUGCCUUGUCUGGCUCGUGGGACAAGACACUGCGCCUUUGGGAUUUAGCUGCCGGCAAGACCACCAGGCGUUUUGAGGACCACAAUAAGGAUGUGCUCUCAGUUGCAUUCAGUGCUGACAACCGUCAGAUUGUCUCGGGCUCUCGAGAUAAGACAAUUAAGCUGUGGAACACACUGGCCCAGUGCAAGUACACCAUUCAGGAGGAUGGUCACUCUGAUUGGGUCUCGUGUGUGAGAUUCUCCCCCUCAAACAGCAACCCCAUUAUUGUCUCGUGUGGAUGGGAUAAGGCAGUUAAGGUGUGGAGCUUAACUAACUGCAAACUCAAGACCAACCACUAUGGUCAUGCUGGAUACUUGAACACUGUGACAGUCUCGCCUGAUGGUUCCCUAUGUGCUUCAGGUGGCAAGGAUGCCAAGGCCAUGCUGUGGGACCUUAAUGAUGAUAAGCAUUUGUACACUUUGGACCACACUGACACCAUCAACUCCCUGUGCUUCAGCCCCAACCGUUACUGGCUGUGUGCUGCUACUGGACCCUCAAUUAAGAUUUGGGAUCUUGAGGGUAAAAAUAUGGUUGAUGAAUUGAAGCCUGAUGUAAUCACUCAGAACCCCAAGGCUGAACCCCCACAGUGUCUCUCCAUGGCUUGGUCAGCUGAUGGCCAGACAUUGUUCGCUGGUUACAGUGACAGCAAGAUCCGUGUUUGGCAAGUCAGUGUUACAUCUCGAGCAUAAGAAAGUAAAUAAAUCUUGCUGGUGGUA